CUCAGCAUUAUUUACGUAAACAACAUCACCUGACGACUUUCGACGGGCGCCAUUUUAUUCACCAUCCUAGAGAAAUAUCUUGACGGCAUUCAAGGACAAACAUCUUUUUCAAGACUUAAGAUAAAAUAGGACUUGAAUUUAGCUUGUGAAUUGUACUUUGCAACCUGUAAACGUUGUUUUUUUUCUGCGGUGUAGAGACGAUCUUGCCUUGAUGAAGUUUUUUCAAGAAUUGGUUGUGAAAUCGGCCACUGAACGUUUGAAUUUUUAAAGGUGCACCGUCCGCUACACCGAUAUCAGAAACUGGGGGUCGCAAGAACUUGACCAAGACAUUGAUGGAUGAGGCACACACUGUGCGUGGUAACCCGUCAGGACAGGACAGCAGUGGCCAGCUGUGAGCCAACAGUUACAGUCAGUAAAAACAGCAGUUCCUGACUAAGAGACAAAUUUCAACAUGGAGUUUGAAACAGACGUUGUGACAAUAAUUAUAACUCUAUUUCUGCUAGUCGUACUGAUGGUACUUUUCUUCGGAGAGUUUUCUUUAAAGAAGAUAUUUGGUGGUAAGGCAAGGAGUGAUGUAGAAGUAAAAGAUACCAUGGCAACAACCUUAGGGACAUACGUCGGCUCUGAACGGGACAAUUUUUCCCGCAUGUACAUUUUGAUUUCUAAUUAUGCCCUGGUGGUUUUGCAAGAUGUUCUUCAGAAAGAGCUUCAGACAGUGUAUCCCGAACUAUUUGACCCCAACACGGGGUUGCUAAAUAAGGUGCUUGGUGAUAAAACUGUCAGGGGCAAACUGUUUGGAUUGCCACCAAGGUUAUUUAACCAACACCAGCGAAACCAGCUGUAUCCUGCUGGGAAUCCCUCAACGUCAGUCACCGUUGGUGAUUUAGACCUCACACUGACUGUGCUUUUGCUAAGGAACAUCACCUCGUUGAACCCUCGUCCUAGGAAUGCAUGGGACAACCCCUCUGACGAAGACACAUCAAAAGAAUCCACUAUAGGACGAAUCAAAAGAUAUCGGGAUGUAGUGUAUGGUAAUGUAAACAAGGCAGCGAUCAGUGACCAAGACUUCAGGGCACAUUUCUCGGGUCUCAAGUCCAAUCUGCUGGCUCUGUCUAGUAAAUUCACCAGUGAGGAAUAUGACGCCAUCUUGUCUAAACCUCUUGAUGUUACCUUAAUAAAUUACGUAGGAGAUUUACAAAAAAUUGUAAAUCUUAGAUUCGCACAUGAUCAAUCUUUUGGAAUCAUGAAAGGAAUUCAAGAAAAGGUUCAGAUGAUUUAUGACAGGGUUCAAGAUACACCAGUACCAAAUCCAGGUAAUGUGUACUGUUCAGAAAAGUUAGGGAACAACCGCCAUCUAAGAUACAAAGGUUUGAACCAUGCACACUGUUAUUAAGGUGACUAAUAGUAAAAGGACCAAAGUCAUAGAAACAAAGCCCUGGGCUUAUAAUUUUUAUAAAAAAAUUAAAACAAACUCCCAAAAGGCCAAUUAAAGACAGAGAUUAAGUACAGUGUCCAACGGAUGAAGCUAUAGCGCCAAUUUUAGGGAGAAAAUGCCGUUUUCGGAAUUGGAAUUUUCUCUAUAACCAA